UGCAUAUCAAUUGUCUAAGUCAGUAUCAGUACGGAUUGCAAUCGAUUAAGUGCAGUAGCAGUAGCAGCAGCACAGUUUUAAGUGCCCAUCAUUAGAAAAAAAGGCAGCAGCAGUGCUUGGGAAGUGUUCAUCAACGAGAAUCGGGUGCAAGUGUAAUUAUCGAAAUUAAAAAGGGACUCAAAAAACAAGAAGAACCGUGAAGUGCACGCAGACAAAAUGUCACGCAAAAGUACCGUGUUGGAAUAUCUAUUGCUUGCCUCAUUCAUCACCUCCGCACUGUGUGCCGCUACCCGCGGCCAGACCCGCGUCGCCGGGCAGAAGAACGAGAACAGCUGGUUCACUGGUGAGCUGAGCGUGCUGCAGAAGGUCUACGAUGACUGCCAGGAUAAGCAAGAUUUCACCGGUUGCCUUAAGGGCAAAGCCCUGACCGCCAUUUCUCGCGCUGUUGAUAUGGAAUCGGUUCCACUGAUGGAUGGAGUUGCGCUGGUCAAGCAGAAAACACCCGAAAACGUCAGCAUCCCGCUGCUGUCCGAUGCCCGUGCUAUGAGCAGCUUCGGUCUCGGAGAGCUGGACCUCUCGAUCCUGGCCAAGCUGAACAAGUUCUUCCAGACGCACUCCCUGCGCGUUGACAUGCAACAGCCAGCCGGAGCUGCUGCCCGUGGAAACAAGGGCAACAAGCACCACCGCUACAUCAUCGCUGCCGUCCUGACUGCCAUGGGUAUUGCAGGACCCAUCGGUCUCAAGGUUCUCGCUGCCGUCGCCGGUAAGGCUCUGGUCAUCUCCAAGGUUGCCCUCACCAUUGCUGGUAUCCUGGCCCUGAAGAAGAUCUUCGCCCACGAUCGCCAUGAGGAAACCAGCUUCCAGGUGCACGCUGGACAUGAUAACAGACGAACUGCCUACGUAGUCCGCAACCCAGCCAAGAUGGCCGCCAGCGUCGACCCUUACCGGUACUAUUACGAGCAGCAACAGCAACAGCAGCAGCCACAGCAGUACGGCACCAUGUAAACCUCGAUCAACAGAAGUCCGCUAAAAAACGGAACCGAUCGCCGAAACGCAGAAAAGAGAAACAAAACGAGUCCAUUUGUAAAUUAAUAUUUAUUUUUAACUUAUUACCACCAGCGUUGUUAAACUAGUGCUAAGUGCCUAUUGAUUAUUAUUUGUUACGUUACUGAAGCGACCAAAACUCGAAAGUGGCCACAAUUAGCAAGCCCGCCCUGCCUUGAAAACUGUUUCCGUUGCGAUCGAUCAUCUAUUCAGUGAUGAUCACGCGCCGGUCAAGUCAGGACCUAUAGUAGGCAUUGUAAAUUUACUCAAACGAGAAAAAACACAGCAUUGAAGCCAAAAAUUAGUGACAGGAAAUCAGACAGUGAUAAAUCACAUACGAAGACUUAUACAAUACAUACAUACAAACAGAAGACAUACACACAACACACACACAAAACUAACGUUGAACCACCCUAGGUAAGAUUUCAAGUGUUAGCAUUAGGCGAAUCGACUGACAGUUAAUUUAGAUUGGUAACAGAACGACAAUUAGUGCGAGCGCGUGAGAUUUUAACUGGCAGUCAGGUGAACUGAAUUUGAUUAUCGUGUAAGCAAGGACAAAUUGUUCCGACGGUGUGCGCAACCGCAAAUGCGUUGCGCUUGAUCGAUGAAAUAAAAGAAAUGAUGAACGCAGAAUCACAAA